AUGCUCAAAGAAGUGGUUAUCUUGCAUGACGUUCGGAAAGUGGUGAUAGAGAGUGAGAGUUAUAGUGAUGAGAUGCUCGAGUUGGAGAACGCUAGUGAUGGUGAUGAAGUGGAAUACCUAGUAGAAGGUGAAGCACUUGUUUCAAGGCGUGCUUUUAGUACAGAAGUUAAGGUGGAUAAUGUGGAGCAGCAGGGAGAGAAUAUUUUCAUAAUAGAUACCGCGUUGGGGAGUUUUACCAAUAACAAUAUUCCUAUCUUCUUCCUUGGCUUAAUAGAUGGUUCACUGGGUGAUAUGUUGUAUUUCCACUCUUUCAAAAAGGAGCCCGAUCUAGUCAUCGACAUUGUGCAAGUUGAAGAUCUUCACUGUCAUCUUAUGCUAAUUUGUAACAAUGUAGAAUAAUGGACACAAUUAAGAUAAACAGAUAUUAGGGCCAUGAAUUGUGAGGCGGUCCAUGCUGGUCUCAGAAAGACUGGAAUGGUAAUUCUUGGAGAGGGGCUACCCAAGCAUCAUAUAUGCAAUGCAAAUAUGAUGCGUAAUGGUGCAGAUUAUGCUAUAUUUAUCGACACAUCACAAGAGUCUGAUGGAAGUGAUUCAGUUGCCCACCCUGACAAAGCUGUGUCUUGGGGUAAAAUUCGAGGUUUUGCUAAUUCGGUGAAGGUGCACUGUGAUGCAACUAUUGCUUUCCCUCUCCUGGUAGCAGAAACAUUUGCUGCCAAGGUAAAAAGAUCGGACGAAACCACUUCUUGGGUUUAA